GAGGUGACAGAGAUGCAAGGCUUCGGAGAGGCGGAGUCGAGAUGCAGUUUGUAGUCGUUUCCCGAUACUCUUUGCCACAUUAUGGAUUUUAUCCUUCGUUUUCUUCAAUGAUUGCCCUCGUCUUUAUCUUUGAGCCGAUGUUUCUUCUCGGCCCCGGGAAGACGAAUUUAAGAGUAAGAGUAGCGUGGACGAAGAUGCCGUCGACAUCACCGAAGAAGUCAAGUCGCCACCGAAGAACUCAGAUUCCACGGAGAAGAAAUCGAUCCCAUUGGAAAUGAAGCCUUUUCGAGGAGCCUCGGUCGAUAGACACUCUCUCAGCAUCUCAAUUCGUUCCCUGGAAAAUCUUUGCACCGUGAAACCACUCCAGCCCAGAAAAUCGGCCCAAUCAGCAGCCGGAGCUGCGACUUCCUUGUAUGGUUCGGAGAUGAUGUUGCUAUUGGAAUGACAAAGAACACUGCGAGAAGCAGG